CGGGAAGUGAGCGCGUGAAAUCGACGGGAGCAGAAGUUAAGGCUGCCGCUAAAGCAUCCUCAGCAUCGUUCGUUCUUGAUGCAUGUUUUUCUACUGCAAAAAUAUAGACGCACCCUUGGAUACGACUCCCAAGGAGGAUGCCAAUGCGGUAGCUCUAAAGAAGGAGUUACAUUGAAAGAAGCCCAGACGAUCAAUAAAAGCCUUUUCACAUUGGCACAGGUGAUCAUGGCACUCACUCAGGGGAAAAACAAUUAUGAUCUGUGGACGGGGAGUCAAUUCCCACGCCUAUCCUAUAUGAUUCAGGUACUGCAGGCACAGUGCAUGUGGCAGACAAGUAGGACGAGAUCUUCUGAUUAAGUCCUUGACUGCGGGUUUCAGAUUCACACUUCGGUUUUUAGCAUCACUAUUACCUCCUCUACUAGUUGGGAGCGGAGGACGCUACUAGGUUUCACUCUGAGUGGAACGACGCUACUUCUGCUGCAACUUGAAUAUGACUUGAAACACUACAACUACUUCGUUGCACAACUAACUUGCUCUAAAACACCGCUCAUGUGCCCUACCGGAACGCGAAGAUAACGGAGCUGCUCUCAGACAGUUUCGGAGGGAACGCAUACUGCAUGAUGAUUACGUGUAUCA